GCAGGGUCGCACGAAAAGAGCACCUGAAAAAAUACCUGACGCCCGCCAAAGUGCGCUUUUGUGCCAUCCGCAGCUCAGAGUUACAAUUGUUUUAAUCGAAUAGAAAAGUGAUUAUAAGUGCGCUUUAAUUGGGCGGCAAUCAAUAUAAAUAAUUGAGUGUUUUCAAUUCAUCGCAACCCACGCACAAUAGCAAAAAAAAUUCCGUCGCGCGAUACUUAAUGGAUGCAGCUCCAUGUGGCCCCUCCGCCACCAACGACAUCUGCUAGCGGCGGCGGUCUCUCUCUGCUGUCUGUUGGCCAUCUUCGUCCAGCCGGCCCUCUCGGAUGAGCCUCCCCCGCCAGCACCCGCGUCCUCCAGUUCCGGUCGCCCCCAGAAUUCCACGGAGGAGGCCAUGCCAACUGAAGCCCUGGCAGACAGCAGCGUAAAAGAGCUUAAUCAGCAGGCAGCCGGGCAACUCAUCCGCGAGGUCAUUGAAGGUCCCGGCCUGGACGGCGAACUGCAGGAGAACCCAGCUCUGGACAGGGAAAUUGAGGCCAAGGGGUUGGAAAAGGAAACAGUGUUUGUGGGUGUUCCACGCUUUCUGCCCACUGUGCUGCCCCAGAGGGACUCGGACAGUCCCACCAACGGACAUGGCUACAUCCAAUUCGAGAUCAACGAUGAGCUGCCCGUAGAAGUGGCUCGUCGGCAAAGACCAAUUGAGCAGACCGUAACUCGCUCGCGAACGGAUACUGUCAACGAGGUGCUGUCCAAUCUUUUUCCCAAGGGAUUCUCGGACAUUUUCCGCUUGAGUGGGAACACAAAGGAAACCACCAGCACAGCCACUACCACCACAACCAAUAAGGCGGUGGCUCGGCCCACAGUGGUGGAGGUGAUCAGCACCACCGAGACGGUGACCACAGAACAGACAACGGAAGCCCCAGUCUCGAAUGCCACCUACUACAGCUACCAAACGACCGUCACGAAGGAGUACCGCCGGGAGCUGGGGCCAGGCCACACGGAGAUCGUAGUGGAGCAGAUCCGGGAUCCUCAGUUCCGGGACGGCAGCAACCACAUUUCGCGGGAUGAGCUGCUGAGGAUAAACCGUGCAGCUGUUGCGGCUCCAGUGCUGCCCAGCUUGCUGCUCCAACCGGAGGGCGAUGACAAUGAGACCCUGGUGGCGGCAGAAAGUGCUCCAAUUGUUAUCCUGGGCGAAAACGAAGGCGAGCUGGAGGAGGGUCAGCUGGUCAAUGAUAACCAGAUCGCGGAGACUCGCCACGUGGGCCGGGAGGCGUACCAGCAGCGUCUGCCGGCUCCAGUUCUCAAUGGCAUCGAGAGCUAUGCAAACCAGAAGGGACCUGGUCAGGACCAGGAGAUCAAUGUGCACAUCGUGCACGACGAGUCCUUGGGAAAACCUCAGCUGGGCAUGGGAAAGGCAGCCAAGGAGCAGAUACACGUGCAUCAGCCCCAGCACGCCUUGGAUCACUUCCAAGCCCACAGUGAGCAGAGAUUCCAGCAGCAUCACCCAAGUCAGGAGGCCCCUUCUCGCCAGUUCCUCAAGAGCUUUAAUCCUAUUGUCUCGGGCAGUGGCGACGGACCCCUACCGAAGGGUAGCUUCCACUACGAGGUGCAGAGUGCUCCGCAGCCGACGAAUCCGGGGGCACCGAAGAAGGGAGACUACGCCGAGCACUUCUUGAGACCAGCCUCCCAGUUGGCCUACCAACAGGAGAUCAGUCGGGUGAACCCAGAGGUGCAGCAUCAGCCGGAAUCGCUGCACACCAAGGCCAUUUCCUCGCCCUCACCUUCUCCGAAGUCGCAGCAAUCCGGUUAUGCAGGUCCAACCUCUGUGUCGGCCACUCCAAACAGCCUGGUGUUUGUCACCUUGAAUACACCAAGUCCGACUCAUUCCUCACCCGAACCUUCUGAGGCUCCUGCGCCCAUGGAGCCAGGUGUUCAGAUCACCGUCAAUCAUCCGGCUCCACACAAUUACGUGGUCGAGGCAGCAGCAGAGCCCUCACAGCACAACGUCCAGCAUGCUCCUGCGCCGGCUGCCAAGAAGUCCAGUCCGUAUACUUUUGUGGAGGUGCAGAAGUCUGUGAACAUACACAACAAGCUGAUCACGGAGAAGGACGGACGAUUGGUAGAACAGCACGAGACGAUUUAUAACCAGCCCUAUCUGCAUAACCAGUUGUCACAGGCUGCUCCAGCUGAUCCUCCGAAAAACUAUGCCUCCCUAGCUACGAAUCCCAUCCACGUUGAAUACGACAAUUCGCCCCAGGAGGUGGCCAUCUCGCACGCUGCCAUCCAUUUGGACACUGAGCAUUCCGGGCACUCAGUUCAUGGUCCUGUUCAACAAAUGGCUCACCCGGGUCCUGUUUAUGCGUCUGCUCACUAUGAACAUCCGGUGCAACCUCAGGAGAAUCAAGUCCAUCAGAAUCACCAGAUCCUUCAUGAGGUGGAUCAUGCACCUCAUCUUCAUCACGAUCAUCAGGUGCUUCCCGAGAAGGAUCAUGCUCUUCAGUUUCAUCACGAUCCCUUGGACCAUAAUGAACCCUUGUCUCUGCAACCCUAUCACGUGGACAACGACUAUCAGGUGAAACAAGUGGUGGAGAAGCACAUACCCAUUCCCUAUGCCGUCCCACAACCCGUACCGGUUCCCGUUCACGUAGAGCACUACGUGGAUCGUCCAUAUCCCGUGGAAACCAUUGUCGAACACCCUGUUCCUUAUCCUGUGGAGAGAGUGGUGGAGAAAAUCGUGGAGAAGCACGUGCCCGUAGAGGUGGAGCGAAUUGUGGAAAAGCCCGUGCAUGUGGAGAAGAUUGUGGAGAAGUUCGUGGACCGUCCGAUGGCCAUUCCGAUUCACGUCCCCGUUGCAAUUCACAUGCCCAUGCCACCAGGUCACUCCCCCCUCGGAUUUUCCCACCAGGCCCAUCCCAACUCCCUGACUCCCUGGUCGCAUUCGCUGGCUCACAUUCCGCCGAAGGUGCUGCAGAACUACUACACCAGGAUGCUGAAGAAGUUACUGCCCCAGCUCGCAGCCAAGUCCCCUGCCCCUCAGUCGCCGUCCCCCAAGGCGGUCAAGUUGAGCAAGCCUGUGGCAGGAGCCAAGCAACCAGUGAAACCCGUGAGGGGCGAGGCUCCCAAGGUGGCCACCUUCAGCUUGGCGGACAUGAAGUUCGACCUUCGACCUCCCCCGCCGCCACAGGGUUCGCCCUGGCUGCAGGGAGCCCGAUACAUAUACAACACGCUGCCCGCCGACUUGGCCACCGCCGCCGCCUCGGCUCCCGCCCAAAUGGUAAAGUCCUACAUUGGCCCGGUUCCAGCCACAACAUCGGGCAACUCUGACGCAGGGGAUGCCCCGCUGACCAACGAGUUCGAUGAGUUCCAGCGAUGGCGCAACGGACACUCCCUGAAACGCAGCCCCGAUUUCGGACGCAACCUGCAGCUGGAGUACGGAUUCAAGCCUCCUCUGGUGCCAUCUAUGGAAAUCGACGACAAGGGGAAUCCCCUCAAGCAGCCAGAUCAAACGGAGACGCAGUGACGAAGUUGUAGUGUGAGGAGAGCGGAGGAGAAAGCGUGCCAAAAUAUAAAGCUAUAGGAAUUAUUGUCUAUUUAUGUAA